AUGAAUGGAAUGAUCGGAAUAUCCGGUACGGCAAACACAGAAGAACAAAUUGACGUUGACAAGCACCAGAUCACAAACAAGGCUAGUACAAGUAGCGUUGAAGAGACAAUUACAGCAGAAACCACGGGCGAUAGCGUGACACAAGAUAUCAGUAAAUUUAAAGCGUUGCAAGACGGAGAAGAUCCGCGCUUCUGUGAGCUUGUACACCUCGUAAGGCGAUCGUACAACACACUGAAGAAAGUUGGUCUCUCGGGGGACCUGGACAACAGUCACAUGUUGUCUGUUAUUGAGCGCAAGAUGAGUGCUGAUGAUCGGAAAGUAUGGUCGCGUGAGCUCGAGCGUGAUAAAAAAACGACUCUCGAAGGGCUGUUACAGUGGAUGACGUCGGAGAUGAAGUCAAGAAUGAGAGCCACCGCAGCGGUACGCAGCGGCAAUACUACACACCGAGGAGGAGUUUAUCAGUUCAAGGAAAACCCCCAUUUAAAUGUUGGCACUGCAAAAAUUCAGAGCACUGGCCAGACCAAUGUCCAAAUGUUGACAGCGAACAUCCACGGUAAGAACGGCCUACAAAAGCAAGCUAACGUUCUGCUAGAUACCGGAGCACAAAUAAGUCUAAUAAGGAAUGACACCGCAGAUUUACUAGGCUUAAUCGGAAAGGAUACAUACAUCACUAUCACCAAAGUAGGGGGAGAAGACGAGAGUAUGAAAACGAAGGUUUAUAAAGUUCCUGUUUGUUCCAAUGGAAGCAGCAAGACAUACACAGUAAAAGCUAUCGGCAUCGACAAAAUCAGCGACGACGUGAAGGCGGUAGAAAUGAAAAGCAUUGCAAAGAACUUGGGUCUGGAAAAUGUACGAAUUCGCCGUGGAAAAGGCCGUGUAGAUCUGCUUAUCGGAAUUGACCAUGCCCAGCUACACACGGGACCAUCGAAACAAUCAGACAAGCUCGUAGCGCGCAAUACGCCUUUGGGAUGGGUAGUAUUUGGAGGCAGUGCAGCCGACAUGGAGGGAGCCAGUCAAGUGUACCACGUGGCUCUUGCGCCACAGCUGGACCUAGCGACAUUCUGGAAAACGGAGUCAAUGGGAGUUGAAGUCAAACCGUGCGUCUGUGAGGCUGAAAAGCUGAGUCAAGUGGAACGAGAAGAGACGGAAGUGAUUAGUAACUCGUGCAGAAAAGUUGGAAAUCAAUGGGAAAUCCCGUACCCCUGGAAAAAGGAUCCGAGUCAGCUCCCAGACAACAAACCAGCUGCAGUAAAAAGGUUGGAAGCGACAGAAAGGCGUCUGUUAAAAAACCCGGAUCACGAUGUCACCUAUAACAAGCAAAUGGAAGAAAUGUGUGAGAUGAAUUUCGCAAGGAAGCUAACAGAAGAAGAAGUUAAAAGUUACCAGGGACCAGUGCAUUAUAUCAGCCAUCACGGGCUGGCACGGCCAGAGAGUGACAGCACCCCCCUGAGGAUUGUGUUUAACAUGUCAGCAACCUACCAAGGGCAUGCAUUGAACAACUACUGGAUGAAGGGACCGGGCUUACUGAACGACCUGUUCGGUGUACUUUUAAGAUUCCGGGAGGGGCAAUGUGCGGUGAUCGGUGACCUGUCAAAGAUGUACCAUAGAAUACUAAUCCCGAAAGCAGACCAGCACGUACAUCGUUACUUAUGGAGAAAUCUGGAGACAGAAAGACCGCCAGAUGUAUUUGUUAAGACGGUCCUCACGUUCGGAGACAAACCAGCACCCGCGAUGGCCCAAAUCGCGCUACGAAAAACAGCUGAAGAAGGCGAGAAGGAGUACCCAGAAGCGGCCAAAGUGCUAAAGGAAGACACGUACAUGGACGACAUCUGUCACUCAGAAGAAACACCAGAGCCCCCGCUUGCACAGACAUGGGAAACGUUCUUCACAGAUCUAGACGAGCUUAAUAAUAAAGAGCUCCCGAGUUGUCUCACUCCAUCAAACGCAGUUGGCCUGCCAACACUCUGCAUAUUCUCGGAUGCAUCGAGAGAAGCCUUUGGAGCAGUUGCAUAUUUGAUAUGGCAGCCAAGCGUUGGGUCGUAUGAAGUGAGAUUUGUAGCAGCCAAAUCAAGAGUCGCCCCACUUAAGGAGUUAACAAUUCCAAGGCUAGAGCUCCAAGCAGCAGUACUGGCAGCAAGAUUGCACCAGACCCUACAAGAGGAACUUCGCAUAGAAUGUGAAAAGGCUAUCCUGUUUACUGACAGUAUGAUUGUUUACUCAUGGGUAAGAGGGCCUCCGAGGAGUUUCAAGCCCUUUGUAUCUGCGAGAAUAAGUGAAAUCCAAGACAAGACCGACCCAAACCAGUGGCGCCACAUCCCCGGAAGUGCAAAUGUUGCUGAUGACGUCUCUCGAGACCUAUCUGUUCAAGAACUCAAGGGAAGGUGGACCCAAGGCCCAGCCUUUCUACAGAGCAAUGAAGAUGAAUGGCCACAGAAAGCCAAGUAUAAGGAACCAGAUAACGAGUCCGACCAAUCGGAGAGACGAAAGGAGAAAGUAUGUGCAGUGACAGGAAGAGCAGAAGAGGCGAUCAAUGUCAGCAAGUUUUCGGAAUGGAGAAGACUCGUCCGUGUAACAGCUAGAAUUCAAAGGCUGGCAGAGAAAAUCAGGUUGCGAAAGUAUGAACAAGAAGGAAGGCAAGGCCCCUUGGUGCCAGAAGAACUGAAAAAGGCGGAAGAACACUGGAUAAAGAAGAUGCAAGAUACACUUCACGGUCGUCACGAGAAAGGCGAAUUCGCGCCGUUAUCCCCGUUUGUCGACGACAAACGCAUCAUCCGUGUCGGCGGACGUGUGGAUGCAGCGUUAGUAUCAUAUGACACCAGGCACCCUAUUCUGUUGCCAAGCGAUCACCGAGGAGCCCUACUGAUAAAGCGUCACCUCCACAAACAUGGACACCUCGGAGUCGCCGCCACCACAGCAAAAAUCAGAGCCAAGUACUGGAUCGUAAAGGGCAACAAGCUGAGUAAGAUUGGGAAGAAGAAAUGUGUUCUGUAA